GACUUGGUUAGUUGGCUCAGGGCGGGACUUCAGAGAAGGGCCUGGGACUGGGCGGGGCCUCGGGCCGUCACGUCAGUCUCAACAAGGCGGUCUCAACACGGCGAGUCACAACUCCAGUUGCUCGCCCAUUAGCCGGGUCUCACCAACUUUGUAUCGCUGCUGUCCUGGCUCUUGGCCCGCGAUUCCCCAAUUUCUGUGGGACGCCCUCCGUCUGCCCCGCGCUCUCGGGCUAGAAUCGCUGAGUUUCUCCAUCGCAAAGCAGAUAUCCCCAUUUCCAUGAGCUCCCUAGGGGAUCAGGUACGGGACUGGCACCAGGGGGUACUGGCUGUGGCACGCGAAGACUGGGACUGCGCGCUGUGCCUCUUCUCAAACGUCCGGGAACCUCUGGCCAAGAUGUACUUUAACAUGGGCUGCGUGCACCUGAUGGCAGGGGACCCCGAGGCUGCGUUACGGGCAUUUGACCAAGCACUGACCAAGGACACCUGCAUGGCUGUUGGCUUCUUCCAGCGGGGAGUGGCCAAUUUCCAGCUGGAGAGGUUCCAGGAGGCUGUGUCUGAUUUCCAGCUGGCCCUGGCCCAGCUGAGAGGCAAUGCUGCCAUUGACUACACACAACUGGGUCUGCACUUCAAAUUGCAAGCAUGGGAGGUCCUAUACAACAAGGCAUCAGCACAGUGCCAGGCAGGGCUCUGGACCAACGCUGUCGAUACUCUAGAGGAGGCAAUCUCCAAAUGGCCAGAGGGGGCCCAAGAUAUCCUGGACAUUGCCCUGGACCAAGCGCAGAAACAGGUACCCCUGCAGCUGAGGCAAGUCCCCAAAGGUGAGGUCUUCCAGCCUCCCAGGCAAUACCUAAAGCAUCUGGAGCCCGUGGAUUUCCUAGGCAAGGCUAAGGUGGUGGCUUCUGUCAUCCCUGACAACCACAACCCAGACAUCCAGCCUCGGCAGAGGUUCAAGGAGGGGCCAGUCGGCCAUCCAUCUUCUCCAGCCAUGGGUGGUCCCAAGAGUCCUGCUCCAUGCUACAGUUUGCUGGCAUCUGGAGUCCCCACUGAAGAUCCCGCAGGAGCUGGGGGAGCAGCUGCUGAGGACCUUGAACCCUUGGUGACUGCCACUUUGCAGUGCCACUUUACUGUGCCCCUGAAGGUCCCAAGAGGAACUGGUUUGUCCAGUUUGCGGACACUGCUGGCUCAAGCUUUCCUUCACCAUGCCCAGACGGGGCAGCUCAGUUACAAAGCCCCAGGAGAUGAGAAGUCCUGGAUCCCCAUCCUCACGGAGGAAUCCCUACAGAGUGUAUGGAGGAAUGUGGCCAUUGGCCCACGAGGGUUGCAGCUCCAGUGCCGGCCCACCCUUCUGCCACAGGGAGCCUGGGGCCGGCCAGUCCUCUACCAAGUAGUAGCUCGACACAACUACCCAGCCCAAAAGCCUGAGGAUCUGGACUUCCACCAAGGGGACACAGUGGACGUUCUGUGUGAAGUGGAUGAAGCAUGGCUGGAGGGACACCGAGAUGGCUGCACCGGCAUUUUCCCCAAGUGCUUUGUGGUCUCAGCUGAUGUCUGUGUGGAAGCCCCACCUGUUCUGGGACCCCAGCCAGGAGACCAGCAAUAAAUACUGUGACAAGA